GCCCGGGAGAGUGAUGGGAAGGGAUGGCGAGAGGGCGGAAGAGGAGAAGGACGAGACAUGGUGGAUUAGCAUCUUGUGUCACUCUCAGAGGUAGGCCAAAGCAAUGGCUUAGCCCUGCACAUGCGACCACGUAAAAGUGUUCUUUUGCCAUUCUCCUUUCUCUGCCCUUCUUUUUUCCCCCAUUCCUCCCUUUACAGGAUGGUGAACUUUGUCUGCGCUCGUACUGCACGCAAACGCUUAAGCGAUAGACGAAUGAUUCCGGACCUGAUGCAGCAAAUAAAUCCUUCCUCGAUCCCAGCGAGCAGUCAAUGAUUACGAUGCUGAAGAGAAGAGAGAUCCGACUCUGAUCUGUGAUGCUUCUAAUUCACUCUUGACCUGUGUAACUCCAAUGAUUGCAUGAGGGAUGAAAUCUCAGCAAGUCACCGGAACUUUAACCUUUCGGUUUUCUCCAUGAGCAGUGGUUCGAGCAGCAAGUCGUUGGUAGACUUGAUUAAGAGGUGGAGAAGAAGGGGGAUGGAUGUACAAAAAGCUCGCUUCCAAUCAUGUCAAAUGCGUAUAUUAUUUUGCUUCCACCGGUGGCAUGUGGUUCUGUCAACAAAAACCCAACGAGUGUGUUCAUAGAAGCCAUGUUACUGAGCUUGAAGCAUCAAAGGAAAGGAAAAGAAGAGAGAGAAGAAUGGAAAAGGAGGGAUUUUGGGGCCUACAAUGGCAAUCCACCGGUGCCAAACUACCGCCGGAGUUGAAUUCUGGGCCCGCCGCCAGCGACCAGUUGCCGCAGCGCUUCCUCCACCUCAAUUGGAAGCAGCCGAUGGCCCACGACGCCGACUUCGAGUCGGCGCUCAGCUCGCUCGUCUCCUCGCCGUGCUCCAACCCGCCGGCCUCCGCCGACGGCAGCGGUAUCGGAGAGCUCAUAGGUCGGUUGGGAGGCAUCUGCAACUCCAACGACAUCUCGCCGAGUUCUCGAUACCGUAGUGCUGACGCUUCUUGUUACGGCACUCCGCUGAAUUCCCCACCAAAACUCAAUCUUUCCGUGAUAGAUCACCGGCAACAGGGAAGAGGAGGGCCACCGAUGCCGGUGAAUCGAGUGCCCGGACCCCAUCUCGGGCCACUUUCGGCCGAACCGGGGUUCGAGGACGGCGCCGCAAGGCUUUCUUGCUUUGCAGGAAGGAGCUCCGGGAGUUUCGCAGGCCAAUUCGGGUUCCUGUCGCCCGGAAAUCUUUCGGAGGCCUCGCGCAGCGAAUCUCCCAAGGCAGGUUUUGGGUCUUGCGUGGGAGUUGGACAGAGCAGGAGCGAACGCCCUGCCCAUCUGGAGACGGAGAUGAGGUCGACAAUUGGUGGAUCUUCGACAGCGGAGGAGUCCGAGCUCGGAAAUGGCCCGGAGGAGUCGUCGUUGUCCCAUCGGAUGACGGCGGAGGCAUCAUCCCUGAGAGGUAUCGCAGACAACAAUUCAGGGAAAUGGAAGACAGCGGCAAAGCGGAAAGGAAGGGAGGCACCUUUAUCUUCUUCUGCCACUAAUCCCCCGGCUAAUAUGACAGAGGAGGAGAACUCCGAUGCAAAGAGAUGCAAAUCGGCUGACAGAAAUGGAGGUGCAAAGAAUGCGGCGGUGAAGCCGAAGACGGAGCAGAAUGGAGAUCCUGGCCACCGCGAGGGCAAGGAUAAUGAUCACAAGCCCCCUGAGCCACCGAAGGAUUACAUCCAUGUGAGGGCGAGAAGAGGACAAGCCACUGAUGCUCACAGCCUCGCCGAGAGGGUUAGAAGAGAGAAGAUCAGUAAGAGGAUGAAGUUUCUGCAAGAUCUUGUGCCAGGUUGCAACAAGGUGACCGGCAAGGCUGUGAUGCUUGAUGAGAUCAUAAACUAUGUGCAGUCACUGCAGCGGCAAGUCGAGUUCCUAUCCAUGAAGUUAACCACCCUGAAUCCCCAGAUGGAUGUUAGCAUGGAAAAUUUCCUGCCAAAAGAUAUGUAUCAAUCUCGUGGACUGAUGCCACAGCCAGUUUAUCCGGCAGAGAUAGGCACAGUGUUGUCGUAUGCUCACCAGCCUCAGACUAUCGCUCUCCAGAGCGUCAUGACAUCCGGUCUCGAAGCGCAAUUCUCCUUGAAUUCAUUACAAUCCUCCUUACGACAGUCUCAGAGUAUGCAACAUGCCACCACGGACGCAUACACAGAUGCUCCCUCUCAGCUUGGGGGUCUUUGGGAGGAUGACCUGCAGAGUGUUGCUCAGACUGGCUUUGGGCAGAACCAUGGCCAAACGCACACUAGUCGCAUGAAAAUUGAACUCUGAUCAUGUGAUUUCAGAGUAAAGCCUUCGUAUAUAAAUGAGACGUGCUUUGAAAUAGCAUUGUGAAGUUUUUGCUAAUGACCAUUAGGUCUGCGCUCGUAAUUGAUGUGGAGAUUUCUUUUCAAAAGCACAGGUAAGAUUGUAACAAAUGAAAACAAGACGGUGCAGGAUUUCAGUAUGAAGAUGUGGUUCUGUACUCCCAUAAGUGCCAUGUUCAUAAGUUCAUGAAGGUGUUUUCAUGAUUGUGUGCUGCAACUCUCCUGCUGCUUCCAGCGAUUCGACGCUAUCGCAUAUUUGGACUUUGGACUGCAGUGAGAAUCCAACCAACCUAGACAAGGAUGAGGGCCAUGAUUGUUAGUGGAUUACUGCAUCUUGCUGCAAUUUUUUCGGACAAGCAUCAUGGAGUGUUUUCCCUGUUGAUGUGAUGCCAAUCGAACUAAAAAUCAUCAGAUGUGAUGUUCUGUUUUCGAUCAGGUCCGGAACGUAACACCUUGAGAACAGUUUUGUGUUGGUAAUUAUUCCCUUCAUUAAACAUGAUUGCAGUACUCAGCCAUGAAUUCCAUCAGUCAUGUACUAUUGACUGUAUCCUCUCUUCCCUUUCAACUCCACAAGCUGUGGGGUAUUAUCAAAUACUCCAAUCAUCCUAAGCCAUGAAAGACUCAUGAAGCUUGGAAUUACCAGCAAAUGUCUCUUUCCCUUCGUGAUGUAUCUUUUCUAUUCUUACUUAAGAUCUUGGCUCUUUUAUCUAGUUGCAUAGAUGUAUAGAAGAAUCAUAAUGGUUUCAUGUAGCUGCUGCAUGUUGAUUGGUUUCCCUUA